AUGAGUGAAGUUAGAAGGUGUCGUAGAUGCAAGAGAAAGAGACUCGAUGAUGAGCCACCGGAGGUACGUCAGUAUAAGACGUGUGCUAAGUGUCGGAUCAUUGAAAGACAGAAAAAGAAGCUGAGGAAGCCAUUGGCGGAGGAAACGAUGAUAUACGGGAUGAAGCAGUUCCAGCAGCAGAACCAGAAUGCCAAUUUUAUUCACGACGAUAUAUUCAUGGAUGACGAUGUGUUCAGUGGAGGUGUGCGUAAUAGUGCCAGACGGUAUGAGGGCGACGGAGUGGUGAAUCCGCUGCAACAGCAGCAGCAGCACCAACAGCAGUUCUACCAGUUCCAGCCCCAACAGUCAUCGCAUGUAGCGAUGCCCACGGCGUCGCUGGCACCGGUGGCGCCGCUCCACCAGGUGCAACACCAGGUGCAGCAGCAACAGGUACAACAGCAGCAACAAGUACAGCAACAGCAGGCUCACCGGGCCCACCAACAGCACAUGCGCAACAUGCCAGUGCAGGUGUCGAUGCCCGAGACGGUGUCCCAGCAGCCGAUCAAUUGUGAGAUCUGCUCCACCAAGUUGGACCGCAACGACGAGCUCAACAUGAAUUACAGGCUCUGCUUGGAGUGCUAUUCGAACCCGUUCAGACAGGACAACGUGUACGGCAACUACAACGAGUUUUUGAUGGCCAUUACUACGCACAAGUACAAGGAUAUAAAGAACUACAUAUACAUCAAGGAGACCGAUAAGACGUUUUCGGACCACUUGGUGUUCCAGAAUAGACCCAUCAACAGCGAGAGGCUGUAUCGGGAGUUUAUCUUGGAGAAUAUCCAGAUCAUCUACCUAGACCCCAUAAUUGCGUCCCUCGGGUGCAAAUUCAACAGGGUAUCGUCCAACGUGUCGGAAACCAACUCGCUUCCACCCGUGUUCAACCCCGUCAUCAACCAGUACCAAUAUAAAAACACCAAGCCCAUCAGGUCGUACCACAAAUACUACAAGGAGUCGGCAUGCGACGCCAAUAUCUACAUGACCUUCGAUUUUUCCACCAAUAUCUUGACCGUCAAAUUGAAUCAGAAGGUGUUCAACAACUCGAGCAACUACCCUUCGAAGUUCAUCGACUUGGUGCACUCGAUCUUGAAGUCGUUGGCGACCCAGGACUCCAAGGCCAAUGUUGGCUACAACUACCAUACAGCCCUUAUAAUAUUCGACGAGUUGAUGAAAAAUAAGUACUCGUACCCCCCAGACAUCCAGCAAUUUCUUUCCACCUGCAACAGCUCCGACUUUGCCAGAGACUUCAUCAACUUCGAGGAAACCACCGAAGUCGAUGCCACGGGCAAGAAGGACUAUCUUCCCGCCAAAAAGGAUGAUGCAGACGAGCCGGUGCCAGACCAAGUCCACGGCGACACUCGCCAGGCCACCCACGCCGAUGUCGACGACGAAGAAGACGACGAAGAAGAUGACGAAGACGAAGAAGACGAAGAAGAUGAAGAAGAAGAAGACGAAGACGAAGACGAUCGUGAACCCCAGCCGGGUCCAAAUGCCUCUCAAGAAGUCCACUCCCGCCAUAACACGGACACUCCAAGCAAGACUCCGAUCCCAAUGUCUGAGCCUCAGACGCAAAUCAACCCUACAAUUAACUCUGAUUCCACUCAAAAUGGCCUCUAUCCGAAGCCCACGGGCGAGAACUUGGAUCCGGCCUUCGUACAAUGA